AUGAGGGGAACCUACCUAUGGAUAUUCUACUACAGAACAAAGCACCUGCGGAUUCAGGAUUCCUUUCCUUUUUUGAAGCUGCGUGCUGAACAAUUUGCAGACAAUUUUGUGCGCAAUUAUGGGGACACCAUUAAUGGUGUAAAAAAUGAGCUCAAAAUUAUGUGUAGUUUGUGUAACAUGUCCAUGAGGAUGGUUCAUGUAUCCCUCUGCGAAAGUGCGAACUGCGGGGGUUAUAGGACUGCCGAUGGAUGUGAGCCUACCUUUGAGCAUAGCCACGAACAUCGCCUCAGUUACAGCGGCAAUAAUGCCCCCGCGGAGAGCGCCCAACUAGAGCAAAAUACACAACCCGCAAAAAACGGCCGUUCUAAAUUAGCAACCUAUCUAAUUAUUCACUACGUUAAAGAAUAUGUAAAAUUUGUUGUCCACUCUUUACUUCAUUUUUAUUUUUAUUUAUGUGAUACAUUUUAUCGCACCCUGUGUGUGUUGCCAAAGGGCUAUUUGGAAUUUCCAGAGCAGCUGGAUUAUUAUUCGUCCAUUUCGGACAACCUCUUGACCAGCUUUGUCACCAUUUAUAAAAUCUAUAAAAAAAGUAACUCUUCAGAAUUUCGCUUUAAGUUAGAUGAACUGGCAUUUCUUGGUUCGGGAUUUAUUUACGACAAAAGAGAAUCAGAUAUAUGCGUCAUGAAAAUUAACUCGGAGGAAUACUUUAGCCACAUACCUCUAAACCCCAGCAGGGAAUUCUUGAAGCCCGGAGAAACUGUAAUCACGUAUGGACAAAUACAGAAUUUCGAUAAAGGGACCUGUAGUAUCGGUGUCGUAAAUCAACCUAGACAGACAUUCACCAAAUUUGAAAACUUUUGUGAAAAGGAGAAAACCUGUUUGUACCCCUUUAUUCAAAUAAGCAAUCCGAUUAACAAGGGCAUGUCUGGCUCGCCACUAAUCGACAAGCAUGGAAAUCUCGUAGGAAUGAUACAAAAAAAAAUAGAUAAUUACGGGUUGGCGUUGCCCGUGAAUAUUUUAAAAAAUAUCACAACCCACUUACAACAGGAAGGGACAUACAAGGAGCCAUUUCUGGGAAUUGUGUUGAGAGAAAAAGAGCAAAGUACCUCCGCAGUUUAUAAAAAAUGCAAAAAUGAAGAACUAAAAAUACAGGACGUUUUGGUUAAUUCACCUGCGGACGUUGCCGCCAUAACCAAAGGAGAUAUCAUAUUGACGAUUAACAAUAAGGGGAUUAAAAACAUUUGCGAUGUGCACGAAAUUUUGAACAGCACAUCGGAUGGUUACAUCACAGUCGACAUUAUCCGCCAUGGAAAAAACAAAAAAAUAAAAGUAAAAAAAAAAAUAUAUAACAUUAAAAAGAAAGAAGACCUCGAAUAUAAGCCUUUCAAAAAUAUCAGCUUUAACAAGCUUAAAACCAAUUUGAAAAACUUUCUUGUAAUCAACAAAAAGUUUAACAUAUCGGAUGUCAAGCAUGUUUCCUUUUUAGGAAAAUUUCAUAAUUACGAGAAAAUUGAGAACUACGGCGUCAAUGAAAUAUGCAUACUUGGCCGGAGCAACGUAGGGAAAUCAACCUUCCUGAGGAACUUUAUAAAAUAUCUUAUCAACGUAAAUGAGCAUGCAAAUGUGAAGGUGUCCAAGAACAGUGGGUGCACUAGGUCGAUAAAUUUAUAUUCUUUUGAAAAUGGAAAGAAAAAGAAGUUGUUCAUUUUGACGGACAUGCCUGGCUUUGGCUAUGCUGCAGGAAUAGGCAAAAAAAAAAUGGAGUUCUUAAGAAAAAACCUAGAGGACUACAUAUUUCUGCGAAAUCAAAUAUGCCUCUUUUUUGUUCUUAUCGACAUGAGCGUGGACAUACAGAAGAUUGACGUGUCCAUAGUGGACGCCAUAAAACAAACGAAUAUACCGUUCAGAGUCAUCUGCACGAAGAGCGACAAGUUCAGUGCAAAUGCUGAGGAACGCCUUCAAGCAAUCAAAAAUUUUUAUGAGCUUGAGAAAAUCCCCAUACACAUUUCGAAAUUUUCGACGCACAAUUAG